AUGAAGAACGACAAUCUCGACGAGUAUGACAAGAAAGAGCAAUCGGAGCAAGCUUUCAUAGGGUAUGAAGAGCAAUCAAGAUAUCUUUACUCGUUUGAGGGGCCACAAGUAUCGCCAUCCCUGGCUUUGAGCGAUAAUGACAGGAGCGCGAUCAUGGCGCAGCCAACUAGUCAUCCUCAUCAGCCAUCUGCUGUGCAGGUGGACAAGGCGAUCAGGAUCUCAUCAGAUUCCUCGUUGCUCUCAGGGUUGAAGAUGUGCAGUACGACUUCGCAAGUCCUAGCGAUCUUGAGAGAAGCUGUUCUGUCACUAUCUGAGAACAACCGGAGGCUACAAGACAGGUUGUCUCAAGUCAGUGGAAGCGCACAAUUGCAGAUGUAUCAGAUACCGGCUGCUAAUCCUCAGAGAGAUUUUCAUACUCAACAGUACACCGUCACUCCCUCCAUCUACAACUCUCGUGCUGUAUGA